GACGGAAUUCAGGAGGGAACGACAUUAAUUCACUACUGAAUAAACUAGUAGACCGAGAGAGCGUCUCCCGCACCGCUGUCAUACAUACUUAUAUACUCUGCAGAUACUUGGAACCAUGGCUGACAAUAUUGCUGCAGUACUACACGGGCCCUAUGAUAUUAGAAUUGAAAAUAUUCCGAUGCCUGAAAUCAACGAUGAUGAGGUAUUGAUCAAUGUGGAUUGCGUGGGCAUUUGUGGGUCUGAUGUGAAGCUCUACACCACGGGAGCCUGUGGCAUGGAGAUCAUUUCUGAACCGGUUGUCAUCGGCCAUGAAGGUGCUGGAGUUGUUGUCAAAACAGGCUCGAAGGUGUCAUCGCUAGCGGUGGGUGACCGCGUAGCCAUCGAGCCGACGCAGCCGUGCCGCGCGUGCGACUACUGCAAGGUGGGGCGCUACAACCUGUGCGUGGCGCCGCGCUACUGCUCCACCGUCGGCGCCUCCGGCAACCUCUGCCGGUACUACAAGCACGUCGCCGACUUCUGUCACAAGAUGCCAGACAACCUGAGCAUGGAGGAAGGCGCGGCAGUGCAGCCACUCGCCAUAGCAAUGCACGCGUGCAACCGCGCGGGCAUACGACUCGGACAGCGGCUACUGAUCCUCGGCGGCGGACCUAUUGGCAUACUCUGUGCCAUGACCGCGCGGGCCAUGGGCGCUAGCACCAUUCUCAUCACUGACGUGGUUCAAUCUCGCCUGGACACAGCCCGCGAGUUGGGUGCAGACUACACUCUGCUGGUGAAGCGCGACUACAGUGACCAGGAGGUGGUGGACGGGGUGGUGGCACAGCUGGGCUGCCAGCCUGACGUCACUAUCGACGCCUGUGGGUACGCCUCCGCGCAGAGAGUCGCUAUGAUGGUAACGAAGACAGGAGGCGUGAUACUAGUGGUGGGCAUCGCAGACAACAAGGUAGAGGUGCCGCUGUCGCAAGCUUUACUGCGGGAGGUCGACGUGCGAGGCUCAUUCAGGAUUGUUAACACAUACCCGCCAGCGAUCGCAGCAGUGUCGUCAGGUGCCAUAGACCUGAAGAAGUUCAUCACCCACCACUACCCGCUGCAGAGCACCAAGGAAGCGCUCGAUCUCGCCAAGUCAGGGAACGCCAUGAAGAUUAUUAUACAUGUACAACAGUCAUCGUCUUUUAUUUGAUGACGUCUUUUACUG